CCGGCUCACUGCCCUGGCAGACCCCGCCAAGCGCCUCGGAGCGCGCAGGAUGCGCGGGGCGGCCGCCACCCUCCGUGGCAAGGCGAGGCCCCGGGGGCGGGCCGGGGUCACCACGCCUGCCCCAGGGAACCGCACAGGCACCUGCGCUCAGCUGCGGCUACCCCCACAAGCCACCUUCCAAGUCCUUCGUGGCGAUGGUGCUUCCGUGGGGACCGUGCUCAUGUUCCACUGUCCCUCCAACCACCAGAUGGUGGGGUCCGGGCUCCUCACCUGCACCUGGAAGGGCAGCAUCGCUGAGUGGUCUUCGGGGUCUCCAGUGUGCAAACUGGUGCCACCACACGAGACCUUUGGCUUCAGGGUGGCCGUGAUUGCCUCCAUCGUGAGCUGCGCCAUCAUCCUGCUUAUGUCCAUGGCCUUCCUCACCUGCUGCCUCCUCAAGUGCAUGAAGAAGAGUGAGCGGCGGCGCUCCGACAGGUCAGCCCAGCUGUGGUCCCAGCUGAGAGAUGAGGACUUGGAGACAGUGCAGGCCGCAUACCUUGGCCUCAAGCACUUCAACAAACCCGUGAGCAGGUCCAGCCAGGCGCACGACAACCACAGCUUCACCACAGACCAUGUUGAGAGCACCAGCAAGCUGGCCAGUGUGACCCGCAGCGUGGACAAAGACCCUGGGAUCCCCAGAGCUCUGAGCCUCAGUGGCUCCUCCAGCUCGCCCCAAGCCCAGGUGAUGGUGCAUAUGGCGAACCCCAGACAGCCCCUGCCUGCCUCUGGGCUGGCCACAGGAAUGCCACAAAAGCCUGCGGCAUAUGCCCUAGGGUGACCGUGCAGUGAGGCUGGCGCCCAUGCUCCACAAUGGGAGGCCAGACUCAGCCCACCAGCCAGUCAGCUGCAACUCCACAUGAACUCCACAUGCGUCCAGCUCGAGACUAAUGAGUGGAAUCAGCUUCCAGGUGUAGGGACCCCUUGGGGGGCCGAGCUGACAUCCAAGGCUGAGGACCCCAGUGGGAGUGUUCUGUUCCGACAUAUCCUGGCUGUAACGAUUUUUAUAGUUAUGGACUACUUGAAACUACUACUGAGGGUAAUUUACCAGCUGUGGCCUCCCACUAACUAGUAUUCCUUUAAAGAGACUGGGAAAUGUUUUAAGCAAAUCUAGUUUUGUAUAAUAACAUAAGAAAAUAGCAAUAAACUUCUUUGCAGCAACUACA